UGGUGAUCUAGCUUGCGCACUUUUUGGUGCAGGAAUAUCUUGUGUCGGACUGUGUCGAAGCGGACAUAGCCGGCGACCUCUAGGCGAUGGCGGCGAGAGCGGCUAUUGUGGGUGUGUGUCUGUUGUACCUGCUGGAUUUGGACUGCUCGUGCAUGCCGGGGGAAGCAGUCGAGGCGUACCCCCUGGCAGAAUACGCAGCGCGGUAUUGGGCGCGGCAUGCGGCAGUUGUCGAAGAGUCAACCGGAAGGGUCCUGCCAACCGAGGAAGAAUACUUUUCAUGCAGGAGUGUUUUUGAGUUUGGGUACCGACUCUACAGCCCAGAUAAUAUCUGGCAACGGCCGGGCCAAGAAGCAACGCCUGUAGGCGGGUUGUACUAUGUAUGUUUCUGUGGUCUGCUGGGCUCGCGGUUACUGGGCACGAUAUACAUCUGAACCCGCGUUACUGGACACAUGGUCUCCCUGCAACCGCGUUACUGGACACAUGGUCUAGGCGCGAUCCCGUUACUGGAGUCUCGAACCCCAGUUUGCC